AUGGGACUCGUUAUCGACGGAAAGGGCUGGAAAAUCGCCAAUGACGCGGCUGUCGAGUGUGAAGCCGCGUCCGGCUUCGCUCCGGUCAAACACCUUCCUCAUUUCGACAAUCUCACCGUGAUUGACAGCGUCAAGGCCGGAAAGGCCCGGUCAAAUACAUACUCCACAGCUCUCAAGCCACUGUUGGAAGCGGCUGGAAUCAAACAUAAAUACAUUGAGACGACCAGCCCGACAACAAUUGCAGAGUUUGCAGCAUCUCUGGACUCGACAGGCGGCUCGUAUCUGUUCAUUUCAGGUGACACCUCCAUCCAUGAGUUUCUGAACGGACUCAAGGACCCCAAACACUUUGAGGGAACCAUCUCCGUCAUUCCUGCAGGCACGGGAAACGCGUUGGCCAACUCUCUGGAGCUGGGAAGCGUCGAAUCUGCCAUUGAACGCUUCUUUCUGGGUAAACCAGAAAAGUUCCCCAUCUACGUUGCAACCACAGGCGACAAGAGUCUGUACUCAUUGGUGGUCAUCUCCUACGGGUUCCAUGCCAAUCUCAUUGCUCAGAGCGAUACCCCCGAGUACAGAAAGCUGGGAAACGAACGGUUUCAAGUGGUUGCCAAACAGCUGCUGGAACAACCGCAGAAAUACAAGAGUAAGAUCUACCUGGACAGAAGCGAGGUACCGCUACCUAACGAAGAAACAUCGUACGUGCUGUUCACUACCAUGAAGAUGCUGGAGCCUGGAUUCACAAUCAGCCCAGAGGGAGACUGCAAGAGUCUGAAUCUCGUCAGAAUCGAUGCCCCAGAUAAUCUCAUGGAAUACAUGGUCAUGGCGUACAAUGGAGGCACGCAUGUGAGGGAGAAAAAUGUCGACUACAUCAAAGCCAAGAAUGUGCGAUUGGAGACCCCCAAAGACUCCGUCAUCUGUGUAGACGGCUUCAUUUUGACUAGUGAUGGGAUGGUUGAUAUUGACCUUGGUAUGGAGGUUGAUAUUGUUGUUUGA